AUGAGAAAGGUCUGGCCAGAAUCGUCCCACACUUCCGAGCUGACUAUCCUUGGGAUUAUGCGUUGGUUGGAAAGCGAGUUGCGCUGCCCUGUUCACAACGCUUCCAACAAGCGAGACGGGCAUGUCGAUCAAGAAGCUUCGGCCAGCUGUUCAGGAACGCGCCAUGCCAUCACCAUGCCAGCUUUGAUGCGGCAGUUAAUUAUCUUUCUCGUGCCGACAGCAGUCCAAGUCUACAUAUGUCCAUACCGCCAUGUCCGAUCAAUGCAACGUGAACGAGGACCCCGCCGUAUCCCGGUAAUCUUCAACAAGCAGAUCUGUGUGCCUGAGUCGCCUCUAGACUACAUUUCUCGUGUAGUCUAG